CGGAGAGCGGAGCCCGGCAGCGAUGGAACGGCUCGGCUGCAGGCUGCAUCGGCUUCGGGAUCUGCGAACUACGCUUCUUGUAGCGGACUAGAGCAGCGUUUUCUGUAGUCUUGUCAACUCUUGACUCUGGAGUGCCCGCCGUCCUCCGCCGCUAGCGGAACCGAGCGGUUCGGGGCUGCCGGAGGGCGAAGCACGAUCCGCACACGGGCUGCGACGCGGUGCGGCGGCAGCGGGAGACCCACGCACACGUGUGGUUCCGCGGGUUUCACCUGGCUUUGCUCACCUCUGUAUGUGUACGCGUGUGGUGUCCCGCUGAGGCGCUGGCAAUCUGCCCUAAUUAAGAAAACGAUCUCCUGUCUGGCUGCAGAAGAGAUGACCUGGAGAAUCAAAUCCUGCAGUGUGCUAACCUGUGCCAUUCUGGGAAAUAAGGGAUAUCUCCUCCCAUGUGGUGCAGCACCUGUGAGGAUACAGCUGCCCUGAGGAUGCAGGGGCUGUAAUCCAGGAUGAAUGAAUGUUACUAUGAUAAGAGCAUGGACUUCUUUUAUAAUAGGACAAACACUCACACAGCAGAUGAGUGGACAGGGCCACCACUGAUUGGUGUUCUGUGUUUUGGGACAUUUUUUUGCCUCUUCAUUUUCAUUUCGAAUUCACUGGUCAUAGCAGCUGUGGUCAAGAACAAGAGGUUUCAUUUUCCAUUUUACUAUCUGUUGGCCAAUUUAGCUGCUGCAGACUUUUUUGCUGGGAUUGCUUAUGUCUUCUUGAUGUUCCACACUGGUCCUGUGUCUAAGACAUUAACUGUUAACCGCUGGUUUCUGCGUCAGGGUCUUCUGGACACGAGCCUGACGGCUUCCCUGGUGAAUCUCCUCGUCAUAGCAGUUGAGCGGCACAUGUCAAUCAUGCGGAUGAAGAUCCACAGUAAUCUCACGAAGAAGAGAGUCACCUUCUUAAUUAUAUCUAUUUGGGCCAUUGCCAUUUUCAUGGGUGCUGUUCCUACCUUGGGUUGGAACUGCCUCUGUGACAUUUCUGCCUGCUCUUCCCUGGCACCUAUUUACAGUAGAAGUUACUUGGUGUUCUGGAGUGUCCUAAACCUUGUUGUUUUCUUCAUUAUGGUGGUGGUGUACAUAAGAAUCUACAUGUAUGUCCAGCGGAAAACUAAUGUCUUGUCAUCGCACACUAGUGGAUCUAUUAGCCGCAGGAGGACCCCUGUGAAGCUUAUGAAGACCGUCAUGACUCUUUUAGGUGCAUUUGUUGUCUGCUGGACUCCUGGCUUGGUUGUCUUGCUGCUCGAUGGCCUGAACUGCACCAACUGUGGGGUUCAGAAUGUGAAAAGGUGGUUUCUUCUCCUGGCCCUGCUGAACUCUGUUAUGAAUCCAGUAAUUUAUUCCUAUAAAGAUGAUGAGAUGUGGGGUACCAUGAAGAGAAUGCUUUGCUGCUCCUCUGAUGAUAGGAACCAGGAGAGACGCUCAUCACGAAUCCCCUCAACUGUGCUUGGCAGGAGCACGGACACCACAGGGCAGUACAUUGAAGAUGGCAUUAUUCAAGGGACAAUUUGUGGGAAAGGAGAUCUUAGUGAAAACGGCAACUCCUGAGUGAUUCAAGAGACUGACUUGGCUGAGAACCGGAGGGGGAAGGGAGAAGUUUUGUAAGAGCAGAUCGACUGACAAAGCUAGUAAACAAUAUAUCCAUUUUGUUCCAGAGCCUCAACUCCAGUGUUAACAAAAGUUCUUAUAAAUAAUUGCCUGAUGGAAAAACACUUUGUAACGGAAAAAAAAAACUUCAUGCUGCAGUCUUUCUCUCUCGUUUGUUUGUUUGUUUGUUUGUUUUUAUUUUCCUUUUUCAGACACCUGAAAUUAGUUUUUUUUUGUGACUGGAGUAAGCACAUAUGAGAAACUUCUUUGUUCAUGGAAACAAAAUGUAAACAACAUAGUGAGACCCUCCAGUGCAUGGUAUUCAUGCUUUGAGAGUUUUCUUGAGAAGGGCUAUAGGCUGGGCUGGACAGAAUUUGUGGCCUGUUUGCUUUCUGUGUUUACAAAGUUCAUGAAAUAGUUCAUACUUACCUUUUCUUUUACUCCUCUUACUUUCAAGAUAGGUAGUUUGGUUUAUUAAAGCUGUGCCAGAAACCCAGCUGUGAUGGGAAGACCAAAUACCUGUGCAUGUGUAUAUCCAAGUCAGCCAUAAAUCAUCAGGAUGUGACAUUACAGAAAGCACAAGAGCAAUUACUGCUCCCACACAGGCAUGAGUGCUGCAAGGAGACGUGCUGCACGCUUUGCUGCUGUCACGUAGCUAGCUGUGGAGGGUGGACUAGGAGCAAAGAAGCAUGGCUGGGUUCAUUAUGCUCUCUUCUUACUUCCAGAUAAUAUCAGAUGGGUGGCUCACCCCUCUUUGUAACUGCUCUGCCACUGAGGGAAGUGAUACCUGAAGCCCUGUUGUAAGAGGGCAAACUUCUAAGGGGUGUCUAAAUAACAUAGGUUUAUACGUAGGCUCAAUUAAGCUAUUUAAAAUAGAAAUUAAAGAAGAAAAAUCCCAAAGACAACAUAAUCCCUACAAGAUUACAAAGCGAUCCAGACAGGAUCAGACAAUCAAUUCAUGUUUAACCUCUGAUUUACAAGCAGUUCUUACUAGACGUUGCUUGAGGGAUGAAGAGGCCAUGAGAAAAUGAGCAAUGAAGGGCUUUCAGCAUUAUUACUGAUUGAUUGUCUAGCGUGGAUGCAGCCACAGCCCAAAAACCCUGAAGUUUUGACUUAGAGACUAUGCUCUAAUAGUAAUCCAGCAACUUAAAGUUCAAGGGUAAUGUUUUUAAGUUGUAAACUUUUAGUUUAAUAAUUGGAACAUGAAUUUCUCGGUGCUGUAAUAUAACAAGAGCUACCUGUGUUGUCUUAGAGAAAACCUGGUUGUUGUCAAUGAACGACUUCAUUUUGGGAAGUUUUGGCUGCCUGAAAUUGUUGGAGAACAACAUCGAGAGCAUAUUGUAUGAGUCCAAAAGGUGAUGAGUUGUUUGGUUUGGGCAAAUUCUUUUGAUACAACUUGCAUGCAAGUAUCUGGAUUGUGCUGGCCAAAGCAGAACCACCACCUGGCUUAAAGAUUGAGUUGCAGUUUUGUAGAAGGCACUGGGGUAUUUCUCAGCAGACCUUGGCUUACAAACACAGCAAGCCCUUGUUCAGAGAGCUCCUCUGUAACACAAGUUAGCUAGAAGGGGUAUAGCCUAACAUUUCAAGGUAAGUGCUGUAUUUAUGAAUAAUGCUGCAAAGGUUUACAUUUGUUUGUUUUUGCCAUUAUAAUGCAAUGUUCUUGUGCAAUUACUACUUCAUUAGUUUGGUGUUCUGCAAAAUAUGUAAAAUUGUUCUUUCUAGAACCAGUGACGUUGCAAUGGCAUCAUGAACGUGUUUGUCUCUAGAGCUACUUGUAGUGCAUGGUUUGUGCUAGCUAGGCUGAAACUCAGUAUACGAAGCUAAAGGAAAA